AUGGAUACGCAUCAUCGGCAUCGGCAUCGACAUGGAUGGUCAGAACUUCCGGGGGAACUGCUGGAGCUUAUCUUGGAUCAUCCAACAAUGGAACCGCUUGAUCUUUUAAGGUGUCGCGACGUCUGCCGUUCAUGGCGAUCAACGGUUGCGAACCGCCACCAAUCUAAGGCGCAUUCUCUUGCUGGUAACACCAAAAUAGCAAGAGGAACUGAUGACGACGCAGCCGGCCAGGUUUACAGAUUAAACCUAUCUAAUGAUAAUGUUUACAGAUUAAACCUAUUGAUCUAUAAUAAUGCCUUCGUCGACGGUAACGGGAAGAGAUUUGUCUGCGGCGCGACCUCGUCCCGGGGUUGGCUUCUAUUCGAAGAUCUCACCACAUCCGAAUUUAUUAGCCAUUUUUUCCUAUUCAACCCGUUCACUGGGAUUAAACUUGACCUCCCUCGAACCAUCUUCGAACAGAUGUACAUGUCCAAGUCCGCCAUGUCCGCGAGCCCUCGUGAUCCGCACUGCGUGAUCGUGUUACAGAGCGGGAUAGAUUUCCAGUUCACUUAUUGCCAUGUUGGAGAUGCACUGUGGAGGCCUAUUUUUGUUACUGAACUGCGGCAUUACGACGUCAUCAUUUACCACAGAGGUCGGUUUUACGCUGUGAAUAGGUAUGAUGACUGCAUGCUAUGCUUCGAGUUUGCUGCCGAUCGAGAUCAGCCUCCAACCGUGACUAAGAUUCGACCCAGCUGCAUGGAAAAGGACAUGAGUGAAGAGGCCGACCAAAGCGGGCUAGGGCUAUCAAAGUAUUUGGUGGAGCUGCCCCCCUGCUGCUGCUGCUGCGGCGACGGUUCUAAUACAUUUGACUUGGUACUGGUAACGAGAGGUUCGAGGUGGAACCCGUUUCAAUGUGAUUAUGAUACAAAAUCUGGCUAUGACACGACAGGGUUUAGGGUUUUCAGGAUGGACUGGAUUACGAAUACUUGGAGGGAGGUAAACAAUUUCGACUGCAACAAUUGCGUCGCCAAUAAGAGGAAAUUAGCCUUAUUUUUGGCUCAUGAUGAAUCUUUCUUUCUCUGUGCUUGCGCUUCCAAUCAGUGUAAAAGCAAUUGCAUCUAUUUCGUUGGUGAUUCACACCGACCAUUUCGAAGCAAAGGUACAGAUAUGGGUCUAUUCGACUUGGAAACUAAAAGGAUUGAACCGUUCUAUAAUUCUCUAUUCACCCGGUGGUUUAUCCCAGAUGUAUUAAUAUAG